AGCGAUGCGGGCAGCGAAAGUGGAUCAAGCAUAACGCGGCGUUUUUUAAAUACAGUUGGUGGGUCUUCGCCUUCGCCUGGACCUCAUAACGUGCAAGAUUCUCCUAAUCUUUCGGUUGGUAAUACGCUAAUGGAGGAAGUAACCGAAGGUGAUCUACUUGGACUAGAGUUAUCAUCUAGGCAACGUCGGCUUUCUGGUGGUUCCACUCACAGCACGGAAAGCUCAUUAUCGACAUUGUUUCAAUCCAUACCUGGUCUGGCUGGGACUACGCUGGACACUGCUGAUUCUGACACUGAAACUCUUGAUGAGUACAGCUCUGGAGUCAUUAAGUCGGCCAGUAAGGAUCAGAUCUCUAAUGUUUUAUCAAGAUUACAAGGACGUGCAACGUCGUAUAAAGAUAAGUAUAGAGAUCUUGUGAAGAAAUACAAUGAAGUAGUGACGGAAAAUAACAAAUGCAGGACGGUGCUAGCAAAAACUCAGGACAAAGCUUUGGAAAGAAUUGAGAAGUUACGCAAUGAAAAGAAAGCGUUAGGAGAGAGGCUACGUGAAAUCGAAGAGAGCAGAGAAAGCUCUUCGCCAGUUGAACAAAAGCUGCGUCGAUACGAAGAUAUGUUGGAAAAGUGCAAAGCGGAAAUCACGAAAAGUCGGGCAAAAAUAAAGGAAUUAACACUUGAAAAUGAGAAAUUAACGCAGAAUGUGCGUGCUGCCGAAGGAGAGGUUGACCCAUAUUGUCAGCUGCACAUUGUGUUAGUAUUGUCUCUUCCUUUUGUUCCACUUUGUCCUCACUUAUUGCUGUUUCAAAACUUCCUUAGAGUUCUUCUCUUAUCUUAUCCCGUUGAUGAACUUCAAGUCUGUUUUGAAGGUCAUUGCGCGCUUCUCAGAUGUAAUCAUCAUGACUAA